UGGGGGCGGGGCCUCCCGGCUGUGGGCGGGGCCGGGCCGUUGCGAGAGGAGCAGACGCCAUUUCGUGUUCGCUGGUUUCAAGGUGAUCGGAGGAAACUGCGGAGCCACACUGCGAUGACUUUUACUCGUUUUUAUUAAUAAGCUCCUGUUUUUGAAGCCACUUUUUUGAACAGCGUCAAAUCAGUCAGGCAGGCAGACGUCCAGCGACCCAGCACAGACCAUGGAACUCUCCUCCCCUCCCUCGCCCCUCCCGUCUGUCCCGUCCAGUUGGUCGCCGUCGUCCGCCUCCAGCCUGAUGGCGAGCAGCAACGUGACCAACAAGAACGACCCGCGCUCCCUCAACUCGCGCGUCUUCAUCGGCAACCUCAACACGCUGCUGGUCACCAAGGCCGACGUGGAGGCCAUCUUCUCCAAGUACGGCAAGAUCGUGGGCUGCUCCAUGCACAAGGGCUACGCCUUCGUGCAGUACGCCAACGAGAGGAACGCCCGCACCGCCGUGACCAGCGAGGACGGACGCAUGAUCGUGGGCCAGGUCCUGGACAUCAACCUGGCCGGCGAGCCGAAGCCUCACAGGUCGAAGACGGCGAAGCGUUCUGCAGGAGACAUGUACAGGUGGGCGACGUCCGACUGCGACGCGUCGACGUUAAAAGAGCGUGUUGCUGUAGUUAAUCUUCCUCCUUCGUCUUCCUCUCUCUGCAGUUCCUCUUUUGAUCUGGACUAUGACUUUCAAAGAGAUUACUACGACAGGAUGUACUCCUACCAGUCCCGGGUGCCUCCCCCCCCUCCGCCCCUGUCCCGCGCCGUCAUCCCCUCAAAGCGCCCCAGGGUCAGUGUGAGCGGAGGAGCCAUCCGACGAACCAAAACCAGCUUCUCGUCCUCCUCCAAGAGCAGCCAGAGGACCUCACGUACAGUGAGGGCAGAUGAUCUGCAGACCAUCAAGCGGGAGCUGGCACAGAUCAAGCACAAGGUGGACUACCUGCUGGAGAGCCUGGACCGCAUGGAGAAGGACCACGGCAGGAAGUCCGACACGAAGAACUCCAAACCCGAGCCGGGCGAGGUGUCACCGCUCCACUCGUCCACCUCCAGCAAGAAGGAGGACGUCCUGAAACGGGACCGCGAGCUGAACGACUCGGACGAGGAGGAGGAGGGAGACCUGCUGGAGGACGAAGACGAGGUGAGGAGUGAGGAUGAGGAGGGAGAACGGAGACGGGUGUUUAAUCACAAGCAGGUGAAAAGCAGAGGGAGGGAGGAGGAGGAUGAGGAGGAGGAGGAGGAGGGCGAGCAGGAGGAAGGAGAGGACGACGGCGACAGCGCCAACGGAGACGAGUGCUAAGCUCCGCGGCGGCAGAAACACGCGCACACACACACACACACACACACACACACACACACGUUGUGUAUGACUUGUCCACAGUGGUCACGCGCUCAUUGAUCUGCUGAAAUGACUGGACGUUUGUAAACAGUAGAUAUUUCUCACAAUUCACAAAUUAUGUUUCUGUCUCGUUUUCUUGGAUUUUGUUUUUCUAGUGUGUUUUUUCUUUCUUUCUUUCUUUUCUGAUUUGAAUUGUGUCAACCUUUUUUAUUCCCCCUGACACCGGAUUAAUGCGUCACAUCCUGUUACUGUUCAGUUAUUAAUGUAACAUGUUGUACAUUUGAGUGUAAAAGAAAAAGCCCCUGAGCAGUUAUUGAUUUUAGAACAAAACGACCACACAAACAUUUGAACAUUCAAACAAAAACUGGCUAAAAAUAUUAUAUCUCCAGCUGCAAAGUUUUGAAUUUGAAAGACAAAUUAGCAGACGACGUUGUUUCGGCCCCGUCUUGAUGUUUGUUUUUUAUAUUCCUGUCCAGCAGGUGGCAGCGUGUCACAACAAACUGGCCUCAGAGAGACGCUGAACACUUAAAAAGAUGCAGAUGUUUGUUUCCCUGCGCCGGUGACGGAUAAUAACCGUCUCGUGUCGGAUCUUGUGUGAGACGAUGACAGAAUCAUAUCAGGAUGCGUUCAGGGACACAGUGAACACGGGAGGCUUCAGGCCUGAGUGUCGUUAACGUGAGUCUGUGAAGCUUUCGGGACAAACAGGUGAUUCUGGGUUGAAAUAUUCAUUUUUCUUCCACGUAUUUCAUCUGUUUCUUCCUCAGGUUUUGACUCAUUUUGUCUGUAAUAUUCCUGUGAAACUUUCUCUUUUAUCGACUCGGUGUGGAAAAAAAAAUAAUGCAACAUGAAAUUUGGUAACUACAAAUCCCAUAAUGCUUUGGGGAGCGCGGAACCGGAAACACCAUCUUGCCGCAGGUUCAGUUUGAAAACCCUCUUUUUUUUUUAGCUUCUGAUUGUUGACAUUUUGACUAAUUAGCAUAAUAAAAAGAUUUGCCAGUGUAA